GUGAAACACAAACACAGCGCUGUAAUACAGCAGCGGGGGACAGGCUGACUUAUUUGUACAAUUGUAGUUACCAGCGAGGACACAGUGUACCCCAAGCAGUUUAUCGUUGCAUCUUUCCCCACUCUGGAUCUCUGUGCCCAAGUGUCAACAAUAAUGGAUGGAAACACCACAUGACUGAGGAGUUUGGAGCACCUAAGUAGCAGUUACAGAGCCUGCUGUUUUUUUUUGGGGGGGGGGGGUUGUCUGUCAGCUCCAAAAAAAAAAAUCGACGGUCCACACUUUAACAGGAACAAUAUGAGCGACUUAACGGAGUUCGAAAGAUGCCAAAUAGUUGCCGCACGACUUUCUGGUGCAUCUGUCACAAAAACGGCACAGCUGUUUAAUGUGGCAAGGGGAACAGUGUCCAGAGUCAUGACUGUAUACAUCAAACAUGGACGAACAGCAUCAGCCAAGAAGAACAGCGGGCGCAAGUCAAAGCUUACCGAAAAGGACAGACAAGCACUUCUCAGGAUAGUUGACGAACACCCUGAGUAUACGGCCUCAAAAAUAACCUCAGAGUUGAAUAGACACCUCUCUCACGCCGUCUCGGUAAAAACUAUACGGCGUGAGCUUCAUAAAGCCGGCAUUUUUAGAGGAGCGGCCAAUCAGAAGACACAGACAGAGACGGACACACAAAAGCCAGAUGGAAAGAGCACUAAACCUGAACUCGACAAAGAGCGUGACACACAAAAACCUAGUGAAGAGAGCACAAGAACUGAAUUGCAAACAAAUGCCAAAGAGUGCGGCAUGAAAAAGCCUGUGGAAGACGAAGCAAUAUCUGAACCUCAGGCCAGUUUUGAGGAGUACAGCACAGAAAAAUCUGAAGAGAGCAUACGACAUGAAACCCUUGUGAGCGAAGAAGGGUGCAGCGUAAAAACGCCUGGUGAAGAAAGUACAGGACCUGAAUCCCAGACCAGUGAAAAUGAUCACGACUCACAAAAGUAUGAUGACAGGGGCAGAGGACCUGAGCCUCAGACCAGUGAAAAGGAAUAGUCUGAUGAGCCUUUCUAAUACAUCUAGACUGGUCACGUUAAAGGAAAACCGCAGAAUGCCCUCCCUCCCCAAAUGUGCUCAUGGAUCUUUUAAUAACAUUUCAGUUUUUAGAUUUGAUUAUUUAUUAUGCAUGGAUGCAUCAUAGUGCAAUACCAGUGUUUGUUUUUGUUUGUUUGUUUUGCAAGCUAUUUCAUUUUCCUGGUUUCCAAGCAAACAUCAUAACUUCAGUGUAAACUGUUAAGAAUGAGCCUAAAUAGUUGAAAAUGCCUGUACUGCAGAUGAUUUACUGUGUAUGUUAUUGUAAACAGCAAUUUCAAUACACAUAACAAAUUUAAAAAUUCAAGUUUCGUUUCUAAUUUGUAGACCAA